AUGCCGCCGCCGUCAUCAUCACCAUCAGCAGCAGCAACAGCAACAGCACCAUCAGCAACAGCAGCCAUGAGACCCCUCCACGCGCAACGACCGGCCUACAGCUUCACCAUCCCCAGCCUGCACAACAACAACAACGCCGCGGACGACAACGACAGCGACGGCGUGCAGUUGGAGUGUCGGGUGUAUCAUCCGCCGGGGUUUGCGGAGGGGUUGGUGACGGGGUUGCGAAUGGGCAGUGGUAGUGGUGCGGGAAGAAGGGGGCAAGGAGGGGAAGGAGGGGAAGGAGGAGGAGGAGAGGAGGUAGGAGUAGGGGGAGGUCAUGCGGAGGAAGGAGCAGGAGAGACGGAAGAGGAGGAGGGUGCGACGAGGGGGAGGAGGACGAGGAUGAUGAUGAAGGCGGCGAUCGUGGCGCAUCCGUACGCGCCGCUGGGCGGGAGCUACGACGAUCCGGUUGUGGGGAAUGUGGGGGCGGAGAUGCUGGCGCUGGGGUGGGUUGUGGGGACGUUUUGUUUCCGCAAAAACAGCGGCGCCCACGCCGGUCACCACAAUCAUGGCUCCGACCAUCAUCGCCACCAGCACCACGGCAAAGGCAAAACGAGUUGGACAGGGAAGCCCGAGCUGCAGGAUUACACCUCUUUCGUCGGGCUGAUGGUGGAAUACAUGCGUUCUCUGCACGAGGGCCUUCUACUCCCCAAUCACCAGCAAAAUCACGGCGAAAGCCCCUCCUCCUCCUCCUCCUCAAGCGGCACCACCACAUCAGAAGACGACGACGACGACGACACCACCGACACCACCCAAGCAAAACCCCCCACCAUCCACCUCAUCCUUGCGGGCUAUUCCUACGGCUCGCUCGUGGCGUCCCGCCUGCCGCCCCUCCCCGCCCUCCUCGCUCCGUUCUACUCUUCUUCCUCCACCCCUCCUUCAUCCUCCUCUCCCCCUCCCCCAACCCCACUCCCCACACAUCACCACCCCACCACCUCCCCCGCCGCCACAGCCAUCCUCCUCCGCGCACGCCGACUAGCCGCCGAGACGUUAGCAGAAGCGCGCCGACAAGAAGAGCAGAUGGUAUCCGCGAGCGCCGCGGAUGGGCAACACCAGCAUCACCGCCGCCGCAUCAGCAGCCCUGUGACGAUGGGCGGCUACGAUGGUGGCGGCGGUGGUGGCGGUCGAAAUAGUAGCAGCAGCAGCCACCAUGCCCGGCGGAAGAGCAGUGGCGCCGUGAGGGAGGUGAGACGGAGCUUGGAUCUGGCGAGGGAGGGGGCGGAGAAGUGGGUGAGGAGGAGGAGGGCGUGGGGGGAUCAUCAUCAUCAUAACGAUCAUCACGAUCACCAUCACCAGCAGCAGCAGCAGCAGGUCGGUCGUCGUGGGGGUGGUUCGGUGGGGGGUUCUUCGGCUGUGGCUGCGGUGGCGGCGGCGGCGGAGGCGGGGGAAGGAGGAGGAGGAGAAGAGGGACAGGGACAGGGAGAAGAGGCGGAGGAGCGGCGGCGGCGGCGCCAGGACAAGGCAGGCGUGUCGGAUGUGCCGCAGCAGGUCAACAGCAACGGCAGCAGUGGCGGCGACGCAAGAAGAAGUCGACGACGACGACAAGGAGGAGCCGUGACGCCGCCGCCACCACCACCACAUUGCGAGCUCGCAUACCUCCUCAUCUCGCCGCUGCUACCGCCCACGUCCUUGGCCAUCGCGCCCGGCCUCGCCACGCUGCCCGCUUUCCCAGCCGCACUUCCGGCACCCUCGCCGUCGCCCUCACCGUCAUCGUUCCUCGCAUCCGCGGGCCGCAGACUCGGCGGGUUCUUAUCCUUCGCUGGUGGUGCGGCUGCGGCCGGUGACAGUAGUACCACUACUGCGCCGGGCAGCAGCAGCAGCAGCAACGAUGACGACGACAUCAACACCACCCCAUCCAACCCCCUGCAGCAGCACCCCACCCUCGCCAUCUUCGGCGCCGACGACGCGUUCACGAGCGCGAAGAGGCUGGUCCGGUGGGCGGAGGGCAUGCAGAGAGAAGGCUCGAGCACGAGGGGUCCGGGUCCAGCAGCCGGGUUUGAGGGCGUGCUUGUGGAGGGGGCGUCGCAUUUUUGGCAGGAGAGGGGCACGAUGGCAAGGCUGAGGGCGGAGGUGCGGAGGUGGGUGGGGAAGAGGGGAGAGGGUGGUGGUGGUGGUGGUGGUGGUGCUGCUGCUGCUGCUGUGAGGGAUCGUUUUUUUCCUUGA